ACCGCGACGCCUGACAUUCGCCGCGCGCGAAACGAAAUGUCAUAACCGUGUUUUGUUUUUAUUGUUAUAAAAGUGGAACGAGUGCCAGAAUGAGUCCCCUGGGCUCGUGGCUUCGCAGGAGCCAUUACGAAGACCUUGCCGCUUCACGUGAGACCCGCGGGCGCCGGACUGGCCCCGCGCUACGGGAGGCGCGGCGGCUGCUGCAGAACUGGAGAGCACUGGCCCAGGAGUACUGGACGGAGGCAAGACGGUUCUACGAGGAUGAGGCGACGACGUCGGGCGUGACGGACGGCGGCGCGGCGGCGGACGUGGCCAGCCGCGUCAUCUUCGUGAACCGCCCGCAGCCGCAGAAGUUCCUCGGCAACAGGAUCUCCACCGCCAAGUACAGCGUGAUAUCGUUCAUCCCGCUGUUCCUGUUCGAGCAGUUCCGGCGCUACUCCAACUGCUUCUUCCUGAUGAUCGCGCUUCUGCAGCAGAUCCCCGACGUGAGCCCCACCGGCCGCUGGACCACGCUCACGCCGCUCAUACUGAUACUCACCGUCAGCGCGCUCAAGGAGAUACUGGAGGACUAUAAGCGUCACGUGGCAGACGACGAGACCAACGUACGUAAAGUGGAAGUGCUGAAGGGCGGCGCGUGGGAGCCGACGCAGUGGCGCCACCUGCGAGUCGGGGAUGUGGUGAAGGUGCUCAACAACCAGUCCUUCCCGGCUGAUUUGGUGUUGCUGGCUUCUAGCGAGCCCCAGGGCAUCUCCUUCAUCGAGACGUCAAACCUCGACGGGGAGACGAACCUGAAGAUCCGGCAGGCCUCCGUGGACACGGCGCACCUCACCUCCGCCGCUGAGUUGUCCGCUCUCUCCGCCACGAUACAGUGCGAGCCGCCGAACAGGCACCUGUAUGAGUUCAAUGGCGUGUUCAAGGAGACUAGUGUCAGGACGAUCCCGCUGGGGCUGCAGCAGAUGCUGCUGCGCGGCGCCAUGCUGCGCAACACGGCGUGGGUGCACGCCGCCGUCGUGUACACGGGCCACGAGACCAAGCUCAUCAACAACUCCACUAAAGCCCCUCUAAAGCGGUCGUCCAUAGACAAGCAGACGAACACGCACAUCCUGAUGCUGUUCUUCAUCCUGAUUGGUCUGUCGUUGCUGAGCGCGCUGUGCAACGAGAUCUGGCUCAGCCGCCGGACGCAGCGCGACUGGUAUAUCGGCUUGACUGAGGCCCAAAGUCAACACUUCGGGUACAACUUUUUGACGUUUUUAAUAUUGUACAAUAAUCUUAUACCCAUAUCGCUACAAGUCACCGCUGAAAUAGUUAGGUUUUUCCAAGCAAAGUUCAUAGCGAUGGACCGUGAGAUGUACCACGAGGCGACCGACACGCCGGCCCUGGCCAGAACCUCUAACCUCAACGAGGAACUUGGAAUGGUGCAGUACAUCUUCAGCGACAAGACUGGGACACUGACUUGUAAUAUUAUGCAGUUCAAGCGGUGCUCUAUAGCUGAGAAAAUCUACGAAUGCCCGGAGCCCUACGAGCGUCUCGAAGACACCGCUCUGUACGCGGACCUGCGCGCCGGCGGGGCGCGCGCGAAGGCCAUCAGCGAGUUCCUCACCAUGCUGGCUGUGUGUCACACGGUGAUACCCGAGCCGGGGGGGGAGCUGCAGUAUCAUGCCGCCUCGCCAGACGAACGAGCCCUAGUCCUGGGAGCAGCUCAGUUCGGCUACGUGUUCGCGACACGCACGCCCACGCGCGUGGAAGUGGUGACCCCGACCGGGCGGGAGGUGUUCGAGGUGCUCAAUGUUAUAGACUUCACGUCGACGAGGAAGCGGAUGUCGGUUAUUGUGAGGAAUGAGGCUGGCAAGAUAAAGCUAUACUGCAAGGGCGCGGACACGGUCAUCUAUCAACGUCUAGCGGGGGGCGGCGACUCGGCGCCCUACGCCGCGUCCACGCUGGCGCAUCUCGAGGCCUUCGCCACGGAGGGGCUGCGCACGCUCGUGUUCGCUUAUGCUGAUAUCAGGGAGCAGGAUUAUGUGGAAUGGGCCUCAACGUACCACAAGGCAUCGAUCGCGAUCCAGCACCGCGAGCAGAAGCUGGACUCGGCCGCGGCGCUGGUGGAGCGCGGGCUCGCGCUGCUGGGCGCCACCGCCAUCGAGGACAAGCUGCAGGACGGCGUCCCAGAAACCAUCGCUUCUCUCCUAAAAGCCAACAUCCACGUGUGGGUGUUAACUGGAGACAAGCAAGAGACGGCCAUCAACAUCGCGCAUUCAGCCCGGCUCGUGCACGCCACCAUGCCGCUCAUCAUACUGAACGAGGACAGUCUGGACGGCACGCGCGACAACAUAUCCCGUCACACGACAGACUUCGGCAGCAACCUGCGGCAACAAAACGACGUGGCGCUAGUCGUCGACGGCAAGACGCUCAAGUACGCGAUGGGCUGCGACCUCAAGAAGGACUUUCUGGAUCUGUGUCUCAGUUGUAAAGUCGUCGUGUGCUGUCGGGUGUCGCCGAUACAGAAGGCUGAGGUGGUAGACAUGGUCUCCGUGGCCACAGGAGCCGUGACCCUGGCCAUCGGCGACGGCGCCAACGACGUGGCGAUGAUCCAGCGCGCCAGCGUCGGCGUCGGCAUCUCGGGCCUCGAGGGGCUGCAGGCCGUGUGUGCCAGCGACUACAGUAUUGCGCAGUUCCGUUUCCUGCUGCGGCUGCUGCUGGUGCACGGCGCGUGGAACUACUCGCGCAUCAGCAAGCUCAUCCUGUACUCCUUCUACAAGAACAUCACCCUGUAUGUUAUAGAGCUGUGGUUCGCCAUCUAUUCUGCUUGGUCCGGUCAGAUCCUGUUCGAGCGCUGGACGAUCGGGUUCUACAACGUGAUGUUCACGGCGCUGCCGCCCUUCGCCAUCGGCCUGUUCGACAAGCUGUGCUCGCCAGAGAUCAUGUUGAGGCACCCAGUCCUCUACAUCCCCUCCCAACGGGGUCUCCUCUUCAACGUGCGCGUGUUCUGGGUGUGGGUGCUGAACUCGCUACUUCACUCCGUGCUGCUGUUCUGGCUGCCCAUGCUGCUGGCGAGCCACCACGUGCUGUGGCCCACGGGGAAGGAUGGCGGGUAUUUGGUGAUGGGGAACUUUAUUUAUACGUACGUGGUGAUGACGGUGUGCCUGAAGGCGGGGCUGGCGACGCACUCGUGGACGUGGGUCACGCACGUCGCCAUCUGGGGCUCCGUGGCCAUGUGGCUGCUCUUCAUACUCAUGUACAGCAACAUCUACCCCACGAUCCUUAUCGGAGCAGUGAUGCAGGGGCAGGACCGCAUGGUGUUCAGCUCGGCGGCGUUCUGGCUGGGGCUGCUGCUCAUCCCGAUGGCCACGCUCAUACCGGACCUCGUCAUCACUGUCAUCCACAACUCGGCGUUCAAGACGAUGACGGAGGCGGUGCGCGAGAGCGAGAUCAAGAAGCGCGACCCCGACGAGCUGCUGUCGUCGCAGCACCGACACUCCGCCCGCGGGGAGCCGCAGGGACUCAAGUGGAGGCGCCAUCUUGUCGCGCCCGAAGACCCGCCGCCGACGCAAAAUGGCCGCCACCAACAAAAUGGCCGCCCGCCCCGUCGACCGCCGCGCCCCCGGGACUCACACGUCAUAUGACAACGCGUCACUUGAUAUUAACCUCUAGGAAUAAGGAGUACGAGAGAGUACGAAUGUGUAAAUUUUUGUAAAUGUACAGUAUUUUGUGGACGCCCAAGCGGUGUAGUAAGAAUAACGGUUGAUGUUCUCCGGAGCAACUCAUAUCUUCCUCUUCGUAAUCAUUCCCGUGUGUAGUAGCUCGGUCAAUUGAAACAUUCCAGAAUUAACACUAACGCUUCCCUUAUCUUAUGAAGUUUUACUAAUUGUUUGUUUGUUUGUCACGUGUUUGCAAGAUGGACUCACUUCACUUACUCGUUAAGUGGAAAAUCAGUCCUCAGAUGGUAAAUAUUGAACUAGUUUACUUAUAAAAGUGGUUCGCUAGUUACAAAGUGAGUCCAGUCCAGUACCGAUGCUAUUCAGAUCUUCCCAGCUAAGUAAUAUAUUAGAAAAUCUGCCAAUAAAUUUGUCCCAAUUCCAUGUUUGGUAAUACAUUUAAUAAUUUUUACUUAAAUUAGUAGAUUUGGGGAUGUAAGUACAGUAAUAAAGUGUGGUAAUAAAAUAUUUUUGAUAACAACGAAAUGCAUCAUUUGUGUAUAGAGCAUUUGAUAUUCUAAAAUGAUAUUUCUAAAAUAUUCGGGGAUGUAUUUGAGAUUAUAAUUCGUUAUUUGAGUAGAUUAGUCAACGAGUGCCACACUAGGUAGCUUCCAGCACAUUUGUUAUUUAUUUUGAGCACAAAUUUUAUUUAUUGAACUGAAAUAUGUGGCUAUUACUAUUAAUUACUUUAAAGAGUAUAUAGAAAUUAUUUAUGUCAAGCGUAGUUACUCCAUGCAAGAACUCUGAAGUGAGGAUCUGAAUGUAUAUUUGUUUCGCGACUUUCAUUUUAAAUGACUAAAUGUGUAUAUUUCUUCACAUAAAUCAGUCUUAACUUUCAGAUUACUUGGAGUUGGAUUGAAUUUUUAAAUAAUCAUUUUGAGUUCUUGCACUCAUAGUAUAAUGUUAAUGUAAGAUUUCUCUGUGAUUGUCAGUUUCUAUUCAAAUGUAGUUACCGUCUAUAGUUUGGUUAAAUAUUGUACAAUAUUACCGUCGAAUUUAGAACCUCCUCCUUUUUCGAAGUUAAAACCAGCAUUAUCUGGGAAAGGAACAGGGCAAACGAAUAACUACAUAUUAUUAUAGUUCGUGUAACCAAAAAGUAUACGGUAACUCGCUAAUUUACGAAAAGAGUAUAGAUGUACGUGUAUAGUUCGCUAGUUUACUACCGAAGGAAUUUGUAAAAAUGUAUAAAUACUAUUUCAGGUGAGAUUCAGAGUUAAAAUAUUUUUAUAUGAUACUUAUUUCAUUCCAAUGUACUUCUAACAAGUAAUAAAAAUUAGUCUUCUUAAAAUUACAUUCGUAACAAGCUGAUUGCCCCAAUCUAGUACCUCUAUCUUCUACAUAUUUAUUCCUUGUUAUGACUAAAGUAUUUUAAACGGUUGAAUCUCCUCUAAAUUUAUAUCAACAUGUUUUACAGUUAUAAAUUAAUUAAAUAUUAUAAUGUAAAUACCCUUCCGCUAUUUCAUUUGCAAUUUAUUAUUUGUUUGUUUUUUAUUUAUUUUAUAUUUUGCACAGUUUUUUAUCAUUUUGUUUCGUCUGUACCAUAUUUAAAUUGACACAUUACACACUUGUAAAGUUGAGUUGUCACUAGCUGUGAUUAUAUCAUAAAUCAGCCUAAAGGGUGCUAUAUGAAUUGUGUCUUUGUGAUUGUAUUACGUGUGUUAUACAUAAUGUACAAAUUAUAUGCAUUUAAGUGUAGUUCAAAAUUCUUUUAGUUACCAUUUACGGUAUUAGUUAAAAUCUAAAUUUUGUACAAUUUAUCUCUAAAUAGCCUGGCUGUUAACUAAUUGAUCACUUCUACUAAUAAAAGUGUUGAAAUUUUA